AUGGAGAAACAGCACUAUGUAGUUACUACUAUAAAUGAAGCUACUGCUGUAAAUGCUGCGACCAAAGGCAAAUUUGUCAGUCCUACAGAAGACAAUUUGAUUAUAUGCAAAGGUUCAAUAGUCGAAGUCUAUUAUAUUCUGAAGGACGGUAUUAGUCUAGUUACCAAAUUCAGUAUAUAUGGCACGAUCGCUGCGAUCAAGCCUUUCAGCGCACCGGGCAGCGAAACUUGUUCAUUAUUUAUUCUCACUAAUCAAAGUUGCUAUACAAUCGUUCACUAUUCUCAAAAGACUAAAACCAUUGUCACCGAGGCGAGUGGCAUGCUACAUGAGCCAAGUGCUCGAGUAGCAGAUGCACCCUAUAUUGUCGAAGUGCAUGAGCCCACCUACUCUAUUCUAAUCAGUAUGUUUACAGGAUACUUAUUCUCUAUACCCUAUUAUUAUGCCUCUACAGGCGGAUCAUCAUCUAGGCCACCCAAGUUUAAGAAAUACCAGCCUAUCUUGAUAAAAACCAAUGAAUAUGAUAUCCUAUCUAUGGUUUCAAUACGAGGUCAACCCGUAGAUUCACGUAAUUCCGCCAUUGCAACACUUGUAGGCGUGCAGGACGAGCUCAAGACGAUUAAAACAUUUAUUGCCCCUACGCAGAAACCAUAUCAACAAACAUCGUAUCCUAAAUUAACCAACAAUAAUAGUCAAGACAGUCAAACAACAAAUAAACUAUUCACGCGCGAACUAGAAGUGCUGAGCGAAACGAAUCAGUAUACAGCCAAUGUCGACGCUACGACACAUACCUUGAUUGCCGUUCCUCCACCGUUGGGUGGCGUCUUAUCUGUAGGCGAAUACAUCAUUGCGUAUCAUAAUGUACACUCCUCUAACAGCUCACCCAAAGAAGUCAGUAUUGAUCCUGUUGUGAUUACUGCUUAUACAUUUUUGAAAGACUCUGCUUGGCAAUGUGUAUUAGGAGAUAGCGAAGGACAACUAUACAUAUUAACACUAUCGUAUGGUUAUCAAGGUGUCACAGAAGUAAAUACCACAUUGGUAGAGGGAGAUAGAGUUUGUGCCCCUAGCACCAUUAUCGAUUUAGGUGUGAAUAACAUGUUUUAUAUCGGCUCGACACAAGGAGAUGCUAUGGUGAUUCGUUUGACGCAAUGUGCAAUGCAGCCACUUUUUCCGUCAGGUUCAUCGGCUUCCAAUGCUGCUACUAGUAGUGCAGCAGCAGUUGUCGACAGGUACAAAUUGGAAAUCAUGAGUUCCUUCGUGAAUUUAGGGCCUAUUGUCGACUUUUGUUUGUACAAUUACGAUGAGACGCGACAAGGCAAGAAAACCAUGGUGUGUUGCACAGGCUCUUAUAAAGACGGUAGUUUGUGUAUGGUUGAAAAUGGAAUAGGAUUCAUAGAAAAGCUCGCAGUCAAUAUACCAAUGAUUCAAAAUCUCUGGACAAUACCCUCUCGAAACGAGAAACAUACCCUUUUCUAUGUUAUUUCUUCCUUUGAUAGAACCUUUGCCAUAAAACAACAAUUAUCUACUAUACAACCUCAACAGCAACAGCAACAACACUCGUCCACUUUCUUUUCGACUUUUUUUAAUAAACAGCAACAACAACAACAACAACAACUGUAUCCAACAUUAACAGAAUUACCAGAAUUAGGAUCGCUUUUACAGGAUGAAGUUACAUUAAGUUUAUCGGUAAUGAAGAAAGGACCAGUAUUGCAAGUUACGCCUUCUACAGUACGAUUAUUCGAUGCGCAAAGUCUAUUAAGCGAAUGGAAACUAAAUGAUGUAGGCAUAAACAAUGGUGCAAUAAGUUUAGCUCGGACGACUAGUGAUGGAGACUGUAUUGUCUAUGAUGCAGUUCACGGUAUGCUGGUUUAUCUGCAUUGUUCAAAUAAUACAAUUCAACGAAAAUGUAUUACGACAAUGUUCGAUGUGGCUUGUAUUUAUAUUGAAUCAAAUGACAGAUAUGCAAUUUUGGGUUUCUGGUCAAGUGCGACUAUCAAGUUCCUUAGCCUAAACAACUUUGAAAAGAUUCACGAAGUAAAUGUGGCAUCAAUAUCAUCAGACGUCAUAUCAGCUACUGCGGAUGAUACAACCACGAUACAUGCCGUGGGCAGUACAUUUGUAGCACCUAGAGAUAUUUUGGUGACUGAAAUGGAACCCACGAUAAAAUAUCUGUUGAUCGUAUUUGGCGAUGGACAACUUCUCAGCUAUAAAGUCACCUACCGCAGUGAAAAAGGUAUUGUUAUGUCAGGAGCAACGCGAACAAUGAUUGGCAGCCAUGCAACAGGACUCUAUCCAUAUACAUAUCAGAAUGAGCCAAGAGUAAUGAUCGCAGGUGGUCGUCCUACCAUCAUUUCCAGUACACAUGGCCAACUUUACUUUGCAGCGAUGAAUUUUACCAAAAAACCCAUCAUACAGCAACAACAACAGCAACAACAACAGAAAUCUUAUCACGAUAGAGUGUAUGGGCUAAUAGCAACAAAUCAGAUGUUUAUUUUGUGGACAAAUGAGGGUUUGCUGAUGGGUGAUAUAGAUUUGAAUCAGCGGUUACAUCAUCAAAAGAUACGAUUGAAUGAAGGUGAAGCGCCUAUUCGCGUACAAUACCUGAAGAGUAUCAAAUCGUUGGCAGUAGGAACUUUACAUUCAGGAGAAAAGGAUCUGAAUAAUUCAGUAAUUCAAAAAGGUAGCUUACAGUUAAUGGAUGCUCAAACUUUCCAAGUAUAUGACAAGUUCAACUUACUCGAAAAUGAGGUUGUGGAAUGUAUGGCUGUAGCACCAUUUGACGCUCUCAUUGACAACGACUAUCUUGAUUCACAACUGCAACAGCAACAAUGUGGCGAGGAACUUUUAUUCAUCGGUACAGCAAUUGAAGACCUAAAUGACCCCGAAGCUUGCUAUGGUCGUGUCUUAGCCUUCCGUAUGGAAAAACACUACAGUAACAACCAACAGCAUAAAUUAGAAUUCUUAGAAGAAUACAAAAUGAAUGGCGUUGUGUAUGAUUUACGUUAUUUCCCACUGUACCGUACUAUGCUUGCUUGUGUCAAUGGAGCUAUUUAUGCUAUGGAUUACUUUAGACCCAGUGAACUUGAAGGAGAAAGGAUGAGCUUUUCGAUCAAAUUGCACAGGAAUGUUUUGGCGCUUAAGAUGGAUGUUUUGGCAAAUAAAGUAAUUGUGGGUGAUAUGAUGAGGUCUAUCUCUUUGUUGAAUGUUGAAACGGAGGAUAGCUCAAUCGGCGCAUAUCAGCAACCGCGCGGCAGAGAAAGAGAAAUGCAGUCAGAACCUUUUGGUCUUGAUCGGGAAGGUUCAACGGACCAACAGCAACAGCAAAGUACGGAUGAAGUGAGCAGUCAACAAAUGGAAUUGCUCACAAUUACUCCAAGAAGUACAAGUCCUACUAGAAUAGGAGGCAAAUUGAUUAAAAUGGACACAUUGGCAUUAGAUUUUAACCCAAAAUGGGUAACAGCGGUUAAAUUUAUUAAUGCAGCGCAUUAUAUGGGAGCUGAUGGUGAAAUGAACUUGUUUGCAAUGUCAUUCAAUCGCAACAGUGAAGAUAAUGAUGGUAAAGUCGCCCCUUUGGAUCUGCAAGGCGGAUAUCAUCUUGGUUCUCUAGUAAAUACAAUUAAAGAAGGUACAUUAUCAGACAUACUAUCAACACAAUUCCGUCAUAACACCAAUAACGAAGACGAUACUGCCUUUGGCAGUUUAUUGGCGGUAACCAAAUCGGAACCAGCCUUAAAAUCACCAUCCUUCAGUUUCGCCACUGUUUCUGGUAUAAUUGGCAGUGUGAAAACAAUUACAACCGAAUGCUUUGAGUUUUUUUACAAUCUACAAAAUCUCAUAUUACAAGAACGCAGAAAUAUCGGCAAGCUGGACUACAACGCUUACAGAGCUUAUCGACCCAAGAUGGGGGUUGAAGACUCUCAAGAAUACUACAUUAAUUCACGAUACAAAAUGAUGAGUGAUGUUGAAGAAGGAGAGCAAAAGUCGAAGUUAAACAGUAAAAGUAAUAAUGAUUUGUUUCUAGACGGUGAUUUAUUGAAACAAUACCAUUAUCUGACUAGAGAGGAGAAGCAGCAGAUUGCCGAGUCAUUAACCUUGCCUGGGAUUAUGGUCGAGGAAAAGAGAUUGACUGUGGCACAAUUAGAACAAUUAAUUCAAGAAUUGCUUAUGACAUAA